AUGGAACAACAUCAUCCAGGCCGGCUCAUUUAUUUAACAAAAAAGGCUCAGCCGUUCUCUGAAAUAAAUCUCAGGCUUCCUCUCUCGCGAGUCCGGCAGCUCUCCCCGCUACCUUUUACUCUUUCAAAUCGCCGUUCCAGAAGAAACCAGCGUCUUCCUUUUUUUCCCGCUUCACUCCUUCACUCCUUUCUCCUACCAGAUGCCCCCUUCUUCCCUCCGUCCUCCCUCGGAACCCCUUCUCCGCUCCGUUCUCCCUCUGCCAUACCUUUCCCGGGCGUCUACCGUCCAAGGGGCGGGACCCACAACAUAGCUACCCGGAAGACCUGCAGGUUCUGGCUGCAGGGGAGGUGCUCUCGCAUCCCCUGCCCGUUCCUUCACUGCGGCAAUCCCCAGUUAUUGGGGGUCGAGGAACGGGCCCCAAAAAAUCAACCGAGAAGAAGCCUAAUCUGGAGAAACCCAGAUGCCGCGCGCCCAUCCACCCCCCCCGCGUCCCCGCAUCGUCCACUCGCCGCGGACGGCAGCGGCCGCCGGAAAUGGACGAAAAACGGUGACCCAGAAGCCAAGAGACCCAGCGCCCCGGAUACGGACGCCCAUGCUUGCCCCUUCGAGGAUCCUCCUCCUCCUCCUCCUCCUCAAUCCUCAAGACGGCAACGGUGACGACGGUGUCGACGGCGGCGGCGUUGCGGUGUCGUCAAGAUCCACCUUCUCCUUGCUCCGUUCCUUCGCUGGCGGCCACUCGAAGGCGGUCACCGGCAUUGAGCUCCCCUCGGGCUGCGACAAGAUCUCCACGGGGAGCGCUGACAGGACCGUAUGCGUGUGGGACAAGAACGACAGAGCAAACCCAGCAACACCAGCAACGGUGUGAGCACAGGCCCGCGCAGGUGAUCGAGCUGGACGGCCCUUUCUCUUCCCUGAUCGCAGAAGGCAUCUCGGUCUUCGCCGGCGCACGUGGCCAAGUCCACGCUGCAACAGCAGCUCCGAAAGGGGCCUCAGCCUACUGGGGACAGGAUCUGAGGUCUCCACUCUGGGCACCACAACCGAGAUCCUCCUCGCGGGCCUUGAAGACGAAGCCUCGACCCCGCCGCCGGGAGGGGGGAGAGGGGGGACGGCGUCCGCUUCCAGCCCGUGGGUUCUCUGCGCGGUCACGCGUCCGACGUCACCUCGCUGGCCGUCGGCAACGGCCGCCUCUACUCCGGCACCCCGGAUGGUUCCAUCAGAGCGUGGAACGUCCCCUCGAUGGAGACUGUGGACGAGUUCGAGUCCCUUUCGGCAGCCCACGGUGGCGCGGUGACCUCGCUGCUUUGCUGGUGGGAGUUUCUGCUCUCCGCUUCACUUGACGGAACCGUGAAGGUCUGUCGGGAGGCCGAAAGGACGGGAGGCUCGGGCUGGAGGAGGUUUACUGCCACUGUGAGCACCAAGGCGUCCUCCUCAACGGCACAGCUGACGGCAACGGCGGGGCGGUCCUCAUGUGCUCGCUCAGCGACGGCACCGUCAAUCUGCUCGAUCUGCCCAGUUUCGGCGACCGGGGCAGGAUCGAGUGCAGAGGCCAAAGUUAGAGCGAUGCAGUCCGCUGGUUCUGACGGCUUCUUCGUCGGCAAUGCUGUUGAGACCUUAGCCUCAACGAGGAAUCCACGUGAACCAAGAUCCCGGAUCCGAUCGCAGAAGGUAAUCGGGUAUACGGGACCUGUGUAA